AUGUUCGUAGUGUCUAGUUGGGAUUCCCUCUGCAUGAAGGUUAGGGUUUCCAUAACAACGUCGGAGGCGCUGAAGGAGGCGGAGAACAAUGACAGCAUCACCGUGUUCACCAGGAUCCUGGAUGGGCUGCUGGAUGGCUACGACAACCGUCUAAGGCCAGGGCUAGGAGAAAAUGUCACAGAGAUCAAAACAAAUAUAUUUGUCACGAGCUUCGGCCCAGUUUCAGACACUGAGAUGGAAUACACCAUUGAUGUGUUUUUCCGUCAGAGCUGGAAGGAUGAGCGUCUUUGCUUCAAGGGCCCCAUGGAGAUGCUGGCUCUAAACAACCUGCUGGCCAGCAACAUCUGGACUCCUGACACCUUCUUCCUCAACGGCAAGAAGUCCAUCGCCCACAACAUGACCACGCCCAACAAGCUGCUGAGACUAAAGGAUGAUGGGACUCUACUCUACACUAUGAGGUUAACCAUAGCAGCAGAAUGCCCCAUGCAACUGGAAGACUUUCCUAUGGAUGCCCAUGCAUGUCCCUUGAAGUUUGGAAGCUAUGCCUACCCUGUCUCGGAGGUGGUGUACACGUGGACGCAGGGUGCGGCCAAGUCAGUGGUGGUGGCGGAGGAUGGCUCACGGCUCAACCAGUACCAUCUGAUUGGCCAGACUGCCGGCACCGAGGACAUCCAUACCAGCAGAGGUCAGUACACCGUCAUGAUGGCCCACUUCUACCUGAAGAGGAAGAUCGGUUACUUCGUUAUCCAGACGUACAUGCCUUGCUUCAUGACAGUCAUCCUCUCCCAGGUGUCCUUCUGGUUGAACCGGGAGUCUGUACCUGCCAGGACUGUCUUUGGAGUGACGACCGUGCUGACCAUGACCACCCUCAGCAUCAGCGCCCGUAACUCCCUCCCCAAGGUGGCCUACGCUACGGCCAUGGACUGGUUCAUCGCCGUCUGCUACGCCUUCGUGUUCUCCGCCCUCAUCGAGUUUGCUACCGUCAACUACUUCACCAAGAGAAGCUGGGCCUGGGACGGUAAGAAGGCCAUGGAGGCACAGCAACACCCCAAGAAGAGAGACCCCAUGGUGCUGUCGAAGAAGCCCAACAACGUGUGCUCGGCAGGAGUGAACUACACACCCAACAUCACAAAGGACGUCUCCAUCUCCACCAUCUCCAACAGCACCUCCGUCCAGCUGAAGUCAGCCGAGACCAAGCUACCCGAUCCCAAGAAGACCUACAACAGCGUGAGCAAGAUUGACAAGAUGUCCCGGAUAGUGUUUCCCGUUCUCUUUGGAACGUUUAACCUGGUGUACUGGGCCACGUACCUGAACAGGGAUCAACCAGUGAUUAAAGGAGCCUCUUCUACAUAA